GACCCAAAUCAAACAAUGUCCUCUUUCGUCGAAUCUGCGAGGAUGAUUCCCUCGGUGUCUUCUUUGCUGUCUUUGUACUCAUCGUUUUCCACAUCCUUGAUGCUUUUGCGAAACGUUUACCACGAGAUAGUGCCAGAGAAGCUCGAAUCGUUCUUGGCCUCAAAAUUGAGAAACUUUUUCUCUCGUAGAAAGUUGCAGAGUUCUUACGAUACUUUCAUCGUUGACGACUCGUGGGAAGGUCUCUCUUAUAACGAGCUUAUUGAGAUCGCAAGAUUUUAUCUUUCCACCAAAAUUGGCCCGAAGAACAAGAUCAUCAAGAUUGGCAAGUUCACAGGGCGUAAGGGCGUAACUGCUGGCCUGAUGAAAGGUGAGACGAUCAUUGAUGUCUUUGAGGGUAUAGAAAUUACUUGGUAUUUUGACUGCCGGAAGGAUGAAGAUGGGGUUGGUGAAUAUAUUGAGUUAACUUUCGAACACAAAUACAGGGAAAAGGUGCUUAAUGAGUAUUUGCAUCAUGUUAUUCGUACCCACAAAGCCAUGACUGAAAAAGAGCAGACUUUGAGGAUCUACAACAAGAAAUGUGAAUGUGAAUGGAAAUGGAUUGAUUUUAAGCAUGCAGCAACAUUUGAUACGCUGGCCAUGGAUUAUGAGUUGAAGAAGUCUAUCAUGGAUGAUCUAGACAGUUUCUUAGCCAGGAAAGACUACUACAAGAGAACUGGCAGGGCCUGGAAGCGUGGUUAUUUAUUGUAUGGCCCUCCUGGGACUGGGAAAACAAGCCUAAUUGCUGCCAUGGCCAAUUACUUGAAUUAUAAUGUUUAUGAUUUGGAGCUUGCAAAUAUUGGUUCUGAUACUGAUUUAAGAAGAACGAUGUUAAAUGUGGAUAGAAAAUCCAUAAUCGUGAUUGAAGACGUAGAUUGUAAUUCCAGGGUUCAUCGUCGAUCAAAAUCAGACCGUUAUAGGUCCCGUUCCAAGAAUGUCAGGUUCAGCCUCUCUUCUCUCUUAAACUGUAUUGAUGGACUGUGGUCGAGCUGCGCACAAGAGAGAAUAGUAGUGUUCACCACAAAUCACAAAGAAGUUUUGGAUCCUGCAUUGCUUCGUCCUGGGCGGAUGGAUAUGCACAUUCACAUGUCCUACUGCACUACUGAAGGAUUCAGAGUCUUAGUCUCCAACUAUCUUGGAAUAAAAAGCCACCUUCUCUUUGAAGAAAUCGAUGGUUUGAUCCGAAGCGUAGAGGCAACCCCUGCAUCUCUCGCUGAUGAAUUAAUGAAGAGCGAUGAUGCCGAUGUUGCCAUUGGAGAAGUACUUAAAUUCCUCAAGCAAAAAAGGUUGGAAAAAGAUGAAAAAAUGAAGACGGAGGAGAGCUUCCCUGAGUGAAAACUUUUCUCUCUUUUUUUUUUCCGGCAUUCUCAUGGUUAAUAAAUAAAUAAACUACGUUAGAUUUGUCCUGCAAAAUGAUUAUUGGCUAAUUUGAUUCUUUUAGUAGU